AUGACAGCCUUCAAGAGCACCGGUAGCGAAGUUGUGAACAAGAAGAUGAAUGGACUCAAGGAGUACAAGAGGGCCCAGAAAGAGAAGAAACUCGUACAGCGCGCCACCGCCGCCGCCGAGCAGAUCAAGGCGACGAAAUUGUCCUUUACUUCCGUUAAGGUGGUUCGACUGGGUGACGCUGAGCCCAACAAGGCUGCGUCCAGCAAGGCUGCUUUGACCCCAAAAGACACACUGAACACCAUUGCGCUGCGCAAAGCCUUGGAGCUUGCGUUGUAUGAGAAUAUGGAGACACCGCGCCAGAUGCUUAUCCGGUGCGACUUCAAGGCUUACAUGGAUACCGAGUUCCACGACAAGGACGCUGAGUUCGACUAUUUGGCACCGCAUACUAUGUAUCUCGACGACAAUGAAUUUGAGACAACCAUCCGCACAAGUGGUCUCAACACACAAGACGGAUUGUUUGCCCAUAAGGAAGAGCUGUCGCCAUUGGAGCAGGUUGAGACUGAGAAGAACGUCGCCCUCUCGCAUCCUGCUCCCCAAGCACGCCGAUUCGACUCUCGUUUCUUCGAACACCUACUUUCUGCUGCAUCCGCUAGGGAGGAGGUCGUUACUGCCAAAGUGCAGGACGCCACCAAGUUUUCGACUGGUUCUCAACCACCCGAGUCUAUAUCUACACAGGUGCCACAUGUGAUGGAUUCAGCCAUCAUCAGCCACAAGAUCAAACAACAGACACCUGUAAAGCUGGGAAAGGUUGUCACCAAAAACAUCCAAAUGGCGAGUAAGCGCGCGAAGGGCACUGACCUAAAUGACAGCCUCUCAAGCCAAGCCUCUACACUCGUUUCGACGCCAGACUCUUCGCCCACCAGCACUCAUCGCUCCAGCAUCUCUUCAUCGGUCGGGUUCAACGCUUGUGUAUAUACGCCUCCAACACCUCAACUAACUUCUGCAACUUCAGGUUCCUAG